UAGACCCACAAUUCAACUCGGCGCGCGAAUGCAAACUGAAGUAAACAACCCUGAAGUGCAGAUCGCUGACAGCUCUGCUCUUAAUAAAUAAACUAUGAGUAAAAAAGACAACUCAGGUGUAACACAGAUCCUCGCUUACCUGAAUGAGAAGAACAGACCGUACAGUGCUCAAGAUGUCUUUACCAACCUACAGAAACAAUGCGGCUUGGGUAAAACGGCAGUGGUCAAAGCCAUGGAGCAACUGGCCCAGGAAGGAAAGAUUCGAGAAAAAGUCUAUGGCAAGCAGAAGAUCUACUUUGCAGAUCAGUCUCAGUUUGCUGAUGUGAGUGAUGCUGAACUCAAAACGAUGGACCGUCGCAUUGCAGACCUCAAUGCUGAAGUACAAAGCACUUCACAGAGCUGCAGGCAACUAGACACAGAGCUUAAAGAGUUAAACAGCUCUUUAACCACAGCUGAUAUGAAGAUCCAGAUACAGGAACUAGAGGCAGAGUGCUCUUCAUACAAAGAACGCCUGAGUAAAAUCACAUCAGCCACAAACCAUGUGACCCCAGAGGAGAGGGAGAAGGUUUACAAAGAGCGAGAGACCUACGUAAAGGAGUGGAGGAAAAGAAAGAGACUGGUUUCUGAUAUGAUUGGAUCUAUUUUGGAGGGCUACCCAAAGAGCAAGAAACAAUUUCUGGAGGAGGCUGGGAUUGAAACAGAUGAGGACCAUAAAGUGACAAUACCCAACAUUUGAUGUAAGAAUUACGGAUUUAAUUUCGAUGCCAUGGAUACCGUUGCUGGCACACCAGUUGAGCAGCUCCAACAGUUGGAACGUGACAAAGGAUUCUGGGAUACAGAGAGAACUGCAUUGUUAAAAAUGUUAUGUAUAAAUGUU